GUACACGUUGAUCGAUUACUGCUAUAUAAAGCGUUCUCAAGACGAAAUAUUUUGAUUAAAUAUGUCCUACGUGUCCACUCGUCAUGGGGGUCGAUGAACACAGAAACCGAUUUCCUAAUAAAAAAGAGAAAUCGCGGGACGACGUAGAGCUCUGGUCGCCUCUGGGGAUGAUCUACUCUACACGGUUGUCGAAUGGCCUUGGACCGAACACCUUAGGUAUGCGACAGGUAGUGUCUAGGGGUGCAGUGGGUGCACGAAUACCACUUUGCAGUCGCCUAAUCGCCUUGGUCUGGCGUUCGAUCCAUUGUCAUCGUAGUUUGCUUUUUGCUCACUGGCGGGCACUGCUACGUCAUACGUGUACAAUGUAUCAUAAAGCAUUUAAUCGUAAAUUCACUUUUAUUUAGGUGAUCRACGUUCAUCAUCAACGAUAACCGAAGAGUAAUGAGUAGGAGGAAAAUAAAAAUUUAGAACUAAGAAGUAAGAGGUGUAAAUAGAGGUUGCUCGUUAUUCUCAGACCACGGUUGACAUUUUGAGAACAUUUAAGUAUAGAAGUCAUUGUCGUCACUUUCUAGUCGCUAAUCCUCAGACAUGUCGAACAUUGUGGAAAUUCCAGAUCCGCGAUCGCCUACUGCUGCCUUUGUCAGAACUCCAUUACGUGUAGUCAAAAUGAUAAUUGACGAAGAAAAUAUAUCUACAGAGACACGAAUAAACAACGAAUUAUUUGAAAAUGCUUUGUCUGGAAAUCAACUGAUGUCAACACCAAUUAUUAGUAAUACUUAUGAUACAGAUGAUUCAUUCCAUUCAGCAGUUGGUGAAAAUGAUAAUGAACCUCUUAUAAGCAGUACAGACUCUAAAGGAAUGAAAGAUAGUAGUAAGAAAAAUAGAAGAGCACUUGGAUGCAUUAAAAAUCGUCUGGUCGAAACACCCAAAACGGAUAUGCGUCGUAAACUUUGGCGUAACAUGGAAGAUGAAAGAGUUAGAAAAGGAGUUAAUAAUGGAAUUGAAAAUACACCACCACUACCCUUUAUGGAUUUGACUGCUUCAGCUCCUCCAAAGUUAUAUAGAUACCGCAAGUUUACAUAAGGUUUUUUUUUUUUUAAUUUAAUUUUCAUCAAAUUUUGAUUUAUAUCACCACUCACUAUAAAAUUUUCAAUUUGUUAUUUUACUAUAUCUUUACUUUUUUCAUUAAUCUAGUAGCAUAUGAUAAACUGUUGUAACCCAUUUUCACUUUAUACGCAAAUUUAAUUUUAUCACAUCAAUAUUUGUAAUAUACUAGUCCAUGUACAUUUUUUACACCUUAAAGUCAACAUUAUUAAUAAGAUUA